UUAGUGCUAUUUUGAGGAGUACAUAUCGCGGUUUUGAAUAAAAAACAUAUGUUCGCUUUUAAUUUAUCAACAAUCGUACGAAAAAGUUGUCUGCGGGCGGACGUCGUACGCAAUUUGUUUUAUCAAAGCGGCAAAAAAAAACCACACACACAUUCCGCUGAAUCGGUUGCUUGUUGCCGGCAUUCUCGCAGAAUUCGCAUUGAAACAACAACGUACAGAAUUUCACACCAGCUGCUGUAAACAAUAAGCGCCAGAUCAACGAUAUUCCAGAGAGACAGAGACAGCAAAAAUGGACCACGCCCAUCACAGUGCGCCCAGUGUUGAUCAUUCCAUGCACCACGACCAUGCUGGCAUGCACCACGACCACAGUGGGAUGGACAGCAGCAUCAGCCCCAUUGGUACCACCACCACGACGGAUCCCACGGUGCGCGACAUGCACGCGGGGCACCAUCAUGGCGGCGGCGGCAGCGGUGGAGGCACGGGCACAGGCAUGGAGCACAUGAUGUCCAUGGCGUUCCACUUUGGGUACAACGAGACGAUCCUCUUCUCCUGGUGGCACAUUGAUACGGUGGCCGGUCUGAUUGGUUCGAUGAUUGCCAUCUUCCUGCUGGCCCUGCUCUACGAGGGACUGAAGUACUAUCGCGAGUAUCUGUUCUGGAAGACAUACAACCUGCUCGAGUACCGCCCGGUGACGGGUCCACAGCGCAAUCCAGAGGCACCGCGUCUGCCCUCGCCAGCGGCGGCUGCCCCAUCACCAGUGCAAUACGUUGGCGAAGUUGUGCACAAGCAACCACCCUCGAUGCUCUCGGUGAAUCAUUUGUACCAAACGCUGCUUCACAUACUGCAGGUGACGCUCUCCUUCCUGCUCAUGCUGAUCUUCAUGACAUACAACGUCUGGCUCUGCCUGAUGGUGGUGCUGGGCGCGGCAGUGGGAUACUUCCUCUUCUGCUGGAAAAAGUCCGUCAUCGUGGAUGUGACCGAGCACUGUCACUAGCAGCGAAUCAGCCCGGAUCGGGGCAGUCUCCGGUGUCUAACUCAGGAGGAGGAGCUGCCCGCAAUCUAGAUGGUUGGAUGGAUGGAUGAAUGGAUGGUGCUGGGCUUGAUGGCCCGGAUGGCUCUCACACAUGCACACAUAAAGAAGGACACACUCACUGCCCUCCCCUGCUAUAUGCUAACUACUGUAUGGGUAUUAGGCAACACAUUGUCCAACACUGUCGAAUUCUUAACUUUAGAGUUCUUCGAGACAACUGUAUGAUUUCCUAGAAAAACUCACAAAAAAAAACACUGAACACAACAUUUGAUGAGCUCAAUACUUUCGAAGAGUAUUUAAAUGGCUGGAUGGUAGUGGAGGAUAAAUAUUAAGUUGAAAGUUGAACAAAUUUUAGCGGAACAAGAAUUUA